GCGCUUGAUGCCUCGGUGAUACGACACAUCACGCAGUGCCUAUAAGUGAGCUUGCGGAGCCAAGCCCUCGGGCCUCGGGGGACGCGGGUUAUACGACUUCCCGUUCGUAGCAAGUAUCUGACCCAUCAUGCGCAUUGGUAAGGCGGCAGUCCUCGUAUCGCCCACGGGACCUCGUGCGUGCUGGAAUAUAUAGCCCGCGAGUCUCGGGGCGACAGAUGAUCCCCAUAUCUGAACUUCAUCAUGGACGCCUGGUUCAAAGAGGCGGCCCAAGGCAAAGACCCACACAAACGUAUCAACGUCGUGGAGUCACCGCGCAAAGUCCGCGUCGAAGUGAACGGCGUCGAGGUUGCGAACACCACGAAGCCGCGGCUCCUCUUCGAAGGCAGUCUACCUCCUCGCAUCUACAUCCCGAAGGAUGAUUGCCGCAUGGUAUUUCUCCAACCUACAGAUCUAACGACACAUUGCCCAUACAAGGGGAUUGCGAACUAUUAUACCGUAGAGCUCCCGAGCGGGGAGAAGUUCGACAACAUCGUGUGGUGGUAUGGCGAACCCUCUACUGCUGAUGCGGCCGGAAUCAAGGGAUAUGUCUCGUUCUACGACACGAAGGUGGAUCUCUACGUCGACAGCGUCCCCUAGACGAGACGGUGGGCCGGCUGGGUAGAAAUGGCAUGUAACACAGUAACCUCACGUCUAAUGUUGUCGCCUCGGCAUGGGCACUUAGCGUGGUCUCAAGCAGCCCAGAGUCAUGUACUUUCAUGACAAGCAUACGUCUAGUUGGUUGUGAGCAAACUUUACAUGUUGCCAGCUGGAGGUAGUAUAGGCGAGCUUCCAGUUUCCCAACAACGAACAUGCCAACAGGUUGCUUCAUGCCAGUGGCAAGCCAGUCGGACACAAGUUCAAGUUCACCUUGGCUACGGUGUUUACGACUCUUAGUAUGAC